AUGAAGGUACCUUGGACACCACGCUAUUCAUUAUCUCUGUUGAUUUUAUUAUCAUCAGUUCUCAUUAUUUGCAACGGCCAAGAUUAUGGAACACCGACGGAAGACGGAGCAGGAGGAGGCGAGCCGCCGCCAGAGAUGGCGGGUUGCAACGGUAUCUUCAUGAGCUACAGCUUCGGCAGCCGCGAGAGAGAGUACCCUCACGUUAAGAACGUGACCGCGCAAUCUUGGGCGUUUAAAUCUUCAGCGAUGAUUGUAAACGCGGGAAAAGAAGCGCUCACGGGAUGGCAAAUGUUUAUAGGGUUUCGUCACAAGGAACUGAUCGUUUCUGCGACUGGUGCGUCUCCAAUGGACGGUGAUUUUCCUCUGGAUGCUAGCAAUGGAACCACGUUCGUUGGAUCUCCAAACACGGAUUUGAAAACCUCGAUUGAAACCGCUGGUGAUUUCACUCAGAUAUCGACGAAUAUCGAAAUCACCGGGACUCUUUUCGGGGUUGCAAAGGGGGUCACACCUAUGCCAAGAACACUUAAGCUCAUGAAUGACGGUUGGGAAUGUCCUGCCGCUAAAAGAAAAGGAGGCAGUAUGAACGUUUGUUGCAAGAGAAACCCUAAGUUCAAAGUCAAGACAGGGCCAAAGACAAAGUUUGCACCAAGAAGACACGGUGAUCUGAACAUAGUAUACGAUGUGCUGCAAUCAUUUGGGAGCAACUACUUAGCACAAGUGACCAUAGACAACGAGAAUCCGCUCGGGCGUUUAGACCGUUGGAACCUGACAUGGGAAUGGACGCGAGGAGAGAUUAUAAACACGAUGAGAGGAGCUUACACAUACAAAAGAGAUCCAUCUGAAUGCCUUUACAGCAGAGCUGGACAAUAUUACAAAGACUUAGAUUUCUCUCAGGUCAUGAAUUGUCAGAAGAAGCCAGCCAUUUCUGAUUUGCCUCCUGAGAGGAAGGAUGAUGAGGUGACGGGGAAGUUACCUUUCUGUUGCAAAAACGGAACUCUUUUGCCACCUCUUAUGGAUCCUUCAAAAUCUCGAUCUAUGUUUCAGUUGCAGGUUUUCAAGUUACCUCCGGAUCUAAACAGAACAGCUCUCUAUCCACCUCAACACUGGAAAAUCGAUGGAGUCCUCAAUCCACAGUACAAAUGCGGGCCACCUGUACGGGUUGACCCGUCGCAAUUCCCGGAUUCUAGCGGUCUACCGGCUGUAACCUACGCCAUAGCCAGCUGGCAAGUUGUUUGCAACAUAACCAAACCCAAAGCUCAAGCCUCAAGAUGUUGUGUCUCUUUCUCAGCAUUUUACAACAACUCAGCAAUACCUUGCAACACUUGCGCUUGCGGAUGCAAUGACAUUGAUACCACCACUUGCAACGCUGACCGUAACCCUCUCCUCCUCCCUCCAGACGCGCUCCUUGUUCCCUUCGAUAACCGAACCCUAAAAGCUAAAGCAUGGGCCAAACAAAACCACAUGCCAAUACCCAAGAAACUACCCUGUCCGGAUAACUGUGGAGUCAGCAUUAACUGGCACGUUAACACGGAUUACAGAAACGGUUGGACGGCUAGGUUAACCGUUUUCAACUGGAGAGAUUUCGCGUUUGAGGAUUGGUUUGUGGCGGUUGAGAUGGGAAAAGCAAGUCCAGGGUAUGAAAACGUUUAUUCCUUUAAUGGAACACGUGUUCCACCAAACAACAGAACCGUUAUGUUCCAAGGGCUACGUGAUAUGAACUACCUUGUGGGUCAAGUUAACGGAACAAAUCCACUAAGAGACCCUCCCGUGCCUGGCAAGCAACAAUCUGUUAUCUCCUUUACUAAAAAGAACAUUAAAGGACUGAAUAUACCAGCAGGUGACGGUUUCCCUACCAAACUUUUCUUCAAUGGAGAAGAAUGUGCGCUUCCAAAACAUUUCCCAAAGAAGAGCUUGGGACAUAGACACGGUAUCAGUGUCUUGAUGUCACUUGUUUUCGCUAUGGCAGCGGCUUUUGCACUAAUGAUGGAUUAA